AGUUAACGGAGGUCCUGGUACGUGGUCAGCAUGGGGAGUGUGUUCUACAACAUGCGGAGAUGGAGACCAAACUCGUACAAGAGCAUGUGACAACCCAGCCCCAGCAAAUGGAGGAAGCGAAUGCAAUCCAAGUGAUCUUACAGAAACACAGUCAUGUAAUGAUGGGGAAUGCCCAGUUAACGGCGGUCCUGGUACCUGGUCAGCAUGGGGAGCGUGUUCUACAACAUGUGGAGAUGGAGACCAAACUCGUACAAGAGCAUGUGACAACCCAGCCCCAGCUAAUGGAGGAAGCGAAUGCAAUCCAAGUGAUUUGACAGACACACAGUCGUGUAAUGACGGGGAAUGUCCAGUUAACGGAGGUCCUGGUACCUGGUCAGCAUGGGGAGCGUGUUCUACAACAUGCGGAGAUGGAGACCAAACUCGUACAAGAGUAUGUGACAAUCCAGCUCCAGCUAAUGGAGGAAGCGAAUGCAAUCCAAGU